AUGUCUACCGAGCGCUUAAUGACGAAAAUGAUUAAAUCAGGAAGGGAUGAGGCAGAGGUACGAUCAAUGUCAAGACAAGAGAUUAUCGAUGCAUGUCUCGCUAGCGAAUUGAUGAGAACAGAACUUCUGACCGAAACAUCUGAACCUCCCCAGAACGUAACUGAAACGGAAAGAUGGAAAUUUGAGAAAGAACUUGAAUUUAAAGAAAGACAAGCGGCGAAGGAACUUGAAUUUAAAGAAAGACAAGCGGCGAAGGAAUUUGAAUUUAAAGAAAGACAAGCGGCGAGGGAAUUUGAACUGAAAGAACGAGAACUCGAAUUGAAAGAAAGACUAAAGGAAGAGUUAAAAUUAAAAGAAGAUGAAAUGAGAUUGAAAGAAGAUGAACUCAGAUUAAAAAGGGAAGAAUUUUUAUUAAAACAAAAGGAAAGUAAUUCGCUAAUUAAUAGAAUUAAAAAGUUCAGCGACACGAUGAAAGAACAAUUGUGGAAAAUGCCCCAAAACCCUAGUGAACUACCAACUUUUUUUGUACAUCUCGAAAACGCUUUCUGUUCUAAUGGAGUUGAUCAAGAUGUCAAGUCAAGACUUCUUCAAAUGUGUUUACACGAUAAAGCGAAGUCUAUUAUAACUCGAUUAACAGUGCAACAAUUAGAUGAUUAUAAUACUUUGAAAGAAUUUCUACUGAGCGAGUUUAGAAUCAGUCCAGUCAAAUUGCGAGAACAAUUUUUCGGCACGAAAAAAAUACCAAAUGAAACGUACCAACUAUUAUUAUCGAAGUUAAAAAGCUUAUGGAAUUUUUAUCUUAAAAGCAGAGAGAUUGGAACAGAUUUUCAUAAACUAGUGAACUUAUUAAUGGCCGACCGAAUGAAGGAGUUGCUACCCAGAGACUGUUUAAAUUUCGUUCUUAGCCAGGAGCAAGAUGGCUGGUUAGAUUGUGAUAAGUUAGCACGAAUAGCUGAUAAUUAUGCCGCGACAUACGUCAAGGAUAAUAACAGAUCAUAUCAUCGUGAAACGGAACAAAAUUCUUUUGUUGACACUGCAUUUACUCAGUUUGAUACAAGACAGGAAGCGAAUCCACGCAUAUUGGACAAAACUAAAGAAGAAGCUAUGAGAAAAGGAUUAUGUUUUAAAUGUCGACAACCUGGUCAUCUAUCAAAAAACUGCAACAAUUCAUUUAAAAUACAAAGAAAUUCAGUGCAGCGCAGAUUGGAAGUAAACAAUAGUUAUCAAUAUAAUCGAAAUACCCGAGAUAUUCAGUGGAAACAUUUCUAUAGAAGAAAAUUCGUCGAUAUUGCUGUUGAAGGUGUACUACCCCAAAAGGCAUUGAUCGACGGAGGCGCAGAGAUUUGUUGUAUACGACGAGAUCUCAUCGAACCGUCAAAGAUGAAAGUGCAAGGAAAGAUUUCAAUUCUUGGACUACGAGGCGAAGCGAAUGUGUUUGAUACGGUGAAGCUAGAAGUUCUGCCAAUAAUAAAUAAUUCACCAGGGAAAACAUAUACUGUACCCCCGACGCCAGUUUUAUUUGCGGUGAUACCAGACUUAAACGAAAAAAUAAUUAUAACACCGAAUAUUGCAGAAUGGUUAGAUAAAUUAGAGAAGGAAAUACCAAUUUUAAUCAGAGACCAUCACAUUGCCAGCAAAGCUAACGAAAGCCUUCAGAACGAUAACGCCGACCAUGAUGAAAUAAAAUUCAGAAACAAAUAUAACUGCGAAAAUAAAAAUUACUUCAACGACAAGAACAAGGACGAUGAUGAUGAAAAGGAGAACCUAAACAAUGAUGAAAAAAUUAAAAUUGAUGAAUGCCGAGAUGACGAGAACAGAAAUGGUGGGAGCAGAGAUGAUGAUGAGAUGGAGUACAAAGACACAGUAGCCAUGUUGUUCAACGACGGAUCCCACACUAAGAAUAGUAUGACGAUUGACAUGAAUAACGAUAUGAAACCUGAAAUACAAAGAAUUGACAUCGUAACGGUACAUGCUAUAGACGAUGAUGAUGAGGAUGUGAAACAAAAGAGAUGCCUAAAGAUGAGGAAUAAAAGAGCGGAUGAUGACAUUGCUCCCCCCUGUCAUCAUUUUUGGGUGGGGGGUAUGUCAGGGAGGUCACCUAUAUUAUAA